GCGUCCCUUAUCCUGUCAGUUUAUCGUGUCAUAUUAACAAGUAGUUAUCGCAAUCCCCUAAUAAUCGCUAGAAUUUACGAAAUAACUAGGUAUUUUAGGCUAGAAUUAGUGAGGAGGCAUGCUGGACUUAGAGUAUGAUUACUUUUUAGAGGAAGACAAAAUAUCCUUCGUGCUUAAAAAUGUCAAUGGAAGACUUUGCAUCAAAUAGCUCAGCCACUCUCUUAAACUUCGAAGAUUUUGUGCAGCAAAGUCCAAAUAUGCUGCUCCAACAAACUCCUCUGGAGGUGUUAAUAUACUUAGAGGAAAACACACUGGGUAUGACAGUAACGUCUGGCAGUGUGGCCAUAAAAAAAGACGAAAACAACCUAAUAGGAAUCAGCAUAGGGGGUGGAGCCCCCCAAUGUCCCUGUCUCUAUAUAGUUCAAAUCUUCGACAACACUGCCGCCAGUAGGGAUGGAACUCUUCAAUCGGGUGAUGAAUUGGUUUCAGUUAAUGGACAGUCUGUUAAAGGGAAGACUAAGGUGGAGGUAGCCAAAAUGAUUCAAGCAGCAAAGGAUGAAGUGAUCAUCAACUAUAAUAAGCUGCAUGCAGACCCGCAGCAAGGGAAGAGCCUGGAUAUAGUUUUGAAGAAAAUGAAGCAUCGCUUGGUGGAGAAUAUGAGCUCGUCUACAGCAGAUGCUUUGGGAUUGUCCAGAGCUAUUUUAUGUAACGAUACUCUAGUGAAAAAAAUGCAAGAGCUGCAAGACACCGAACUGAUGUACCGAGGGCUUGUCGACCACUGCAAGCGGGUUUUGCAUGCCCACAUGGAACUUCUUCAAACAAUCAAAGCGAUGGGAGAUGUGUUUGCUUCUCUGGCAGUUAGAGAGCCUCAACCAAGGGCGAGUGAAACGUUCAGGCUCUUUGGGGAGCAGCAUCGAAACAUGGAAAAAACCGGGCUGGAAAUGAUCCAGAAAGUUAAACCGGUGUUAUCGGAUAUGGGGACGUAUCUUCACAAGGCUAUUCCAGACACCAGGCUAACGGUGAAGAAAUAUGCUGAUGCCAAGUUCGAGUAUCUCGCUUAUUGCCUCAAAGUGAAGGAAAUGGACGAUGAAGAAUGUGGCUAUGCGGCCCUCCAAGAGCCGAUCUACCGGGUGGAGACUGGAAAUUAUGAAUACAGGCUAAUUCUGCGUUGUCGGCAGCUAGCAAGGGUUCGGUUUGCUAAGUUGCGCGCAGAUGUUCUGGUAAAAAUGGAGCUUCUGGAUAAUAAGCAUGUCCAGCAACUUGGGGGGCAGCUAGUGCGGAUUGUGAAGGCGCUUAGUGAGAUGCACGAGCACCAUUUGGAAGCUCUUGCAGGUCCUGCUUUGUUUCCAGUCGAGGUGGAUUUGUCUAACAGUGCCUUUCAGUACAAGAGCACCAUGCCAGUGGUACCGGCCUUCAAUGAGGACAAUGACGGUGAAAUAGAAACCGCCGAAGAGAUAAGCGACGCUCUCUAUAACAGCGAGUUAAUCACAUCAGAACCAAACACAGCCCUUGAAGACUUUCCACCGCUUAUACCUGACUUAGAACCUAGUGAUCGAGCUGAGAAAGAACCAAACUAUGAAGAAAUGGACAAUUUAACGCUUCUUUCCACACUAUGUUUGGAGGAUGGUCCGAUUAAACACCACUCUUCCCUCGAAGGAAACUUGUUGCCCAAUUUCAACUGAACUUUGCUUUAUUAUUAACAGAACGUAUUUUUAAAUAAAUUAUGUUGAUUGCUAAA